AUGGGCAAAUAUGAAAAAGGAACACCAAAGGAAAUUGCCAAUCGAUGCAAAUCAAAAGGCCUACAAAAAUUGAGAUGGUUUUGUCAGAUGUGUAAGAAACAAUGUCGCGACCAGAAUGGCUUCAAAUGUCAUUUAACAAGUGAAACUCACCAGCGACAGUUAUUAUUGUUUGCGGAAGAUUCAGACACAUAUCUGAAGGAAUACAGCGAAGAAUUUGAAAAUAAUUUCUUGAAGGUAUUACGAAGUACUUUUGGUACGAAACGUGUUCGCGCCAACGAAGUUUAUCAGGAAUACAUUCGUGAUAAAAUGCAUACGCAUAUGAAUUCAACAAAGUGGCAUACUUUAACCAAUUUUGUUAUUUAUCUUGGAAAAUCCGGCAAAUGUCACGUUGAUCAAACGGAAAAAGAUUACAAUCUUUUAGGUUGGUUUAUUGCAUGGAUUGAUCAACAAGAAGAGCUCAGAAAACAAGAAGCAUUCCAUAAGGUUAAAGCAAUACAUGAUGAUGAAGAACGGUUACAGCAAUUGCUGAGGGAGCAAGCAGAAAGGGCUCGUGAAAAACAGCAGCAAUCAUUAGAAGAAAAUGAAAACCAGCCCACGGAAUUACUUCGCACCAGCAGUGAUGAUAAAGUUACAUUUUCUUUGGCGACAAAGAAAUCAACUAAUGAGGAACUUGUUGGACCAGUUACGUCAGUUCCUGCCAUGUCUUAUUCUAUAUUUGAUACUAAAAUCAAAAAAGAGACAAAAUCUGAACAGGAAAUGCUAAACAAACCUAAAAAGCGUCAACACAAGGAUAUUUUUUCUAUUCCUUCAACUUUGAAAAUAGAAAUAAAAGAUGACUGUCAAAGAGGAUAUGAUGAUAUGAGCACUGGAACAAAUAAAAAUCGAAAGCAGGAUUUGAAGUUAAAAAAGAAUGCCUUGGAUGAAAUUAUGGAAAUGGAAGAACUUCGUAAAGAAAAGUGGAAUAGACGAGAUAAUUGGCUCCAUGAAGGGAUUAUUGUAAAAAUCACUACGAAAAAAUUUGGCAAUGAUUUCUACAAAGCUAAAGGUGUAAUAAAACAAUUAGUGGACGAUUUCACUGCCAUUCUGGAUGUAAAAGGAUGUUCACUGAGGGUCAACCAAGAGAAUUUGGAAACAGUGAUACCGGCUGUAGGACGUGCUAUGUUGGUCGUUAAUGGAGCAUAUCGUGGAACGAAAGCUGUGUUGCAGGCGAUUGAAGAAAAGAAAUUUGCUGUAAUUUUACGCCUUGAUGAGAGUCUCGCUAAAGGAAGAGUUUUAUGUUUACCAUAUGAAGAUGCUUGCAAGCUCAAACAAUGA